AUGAGUUGGCUGGUAGAAUUUGCGAGGCUAUGUAGCACCCAUUGGGUUCUUGCUGCAGCGGCACUUCUUCUAAUACACCUUCUUCUGAAUCGAUACAGGCAUGGAAUCUCAAAGAUUCCAGGCCCAUUUCUAGCAUCUUUGAGUGAUGCAUGGCUGUUUGUUCAUUAUCUUCGACGACGCGGCACAGAAGAAUACGAUAUGCACCAGAGAUACGGGUCUCCAUUACUUCGUGUUGGUCCAAAUACAAUAUCGGUGUCUGAUUCGGAAGCACUCCGAGUGAUCUAUGGCUGGAAGCCAGUUUUCAAGAAGGCCCGCCUGUACAUAUCUCAAUACGUCACUACGACUGAUGGCUCGGUACUUGAGAACAUGUCUUCGACCAGAGACGAAGAUGUGCAUAGUAAAUUGAGGCGACCAGUAGCACAUACGUAUUCACUGGGUACGCUCAUCGAAUAUGAGCCACUUGUGGACUCAACAUCAAUGGUUUUCAUAAGUCAAAUGGAAGAGCGGUUUGUAAGAACAGGGGAGGAAUGCAAGUUGUCCAGGUGGCUACAGAUGUAUGCCUUCGACAUCAUUGGAGAACUUACCUUCAGUAAUCGAUUUGGCUUUUUAGAGUCCGGCAAGGACCUUGGUGACAUGAUGUACCACACGGGAAAGGCAAUGGAUUAUAUCGGGAUAGUUGGCCAAAUUCCUACGGUCGACGAAUACCUCAGACUCAAGGGGUUCGGCAAUCUUCUUCGCAAAAUUCGACCCACAGGACCUUUGAUGAAAUUCACUGCCAAGCGGAUCAGAGAACACACCUCAUUGGAAAACCAUUCGAGACCUGACUUUCUAACUCGCUUCAUCAAGGCACGAGAAAAGUUCCCCGAGCUCAUGACGGAUGGCCGGCUUGCCGCAUAUACCAAUACCAAUGUUAGUGCGGGAUCGGAUACUACUGCAAUUGCGCUUCGGGAAGUGACUUGGAGAAUUCUCACUCACCCUAAAUGCUAUGAGCAAGUGAUGGACGAGAUCAAGAACGCAUUAAAGUUUAGAGCCACUGCUGACGAGGAGGUUGAGCAUCCAAUCACUUGGGCCGAAAGCCAGCGGAUGGUGUACUUUCAAGCCGUCGUUAAGGAAUCUCUUCGAAUCCAUCCUGCCCUCGGACAAAUCAUCCCCCGGGAGGUACCCGAUGGCGGUGUAGAGAUUUGUGGGACAUUCAUUCCAGGAGGAACAACAGUCGGUUGUAAUGCGUGGACUGUUCAUCGAGACAAGACACUUUAUGGGGAAGAUGCUGCACAAUUCAAACCAGAGCGCUGGCUAGACGAAGACAAAGAAAAGGUCAGGAACAUGGAGAACCUUAGCUUUGCGUUUGGAGGAGGUCCAAGAGUGUGCUUGGGCCGAAACAUUGCAAUGCUGGAGAUUUCAAAAUUUGUUCCGGAGUUCUUCAGACGAAUGGAGAUCACAUUGGUUGAUCCGAAGAGAUAUAAACUCAUCCCAGGGUGGCUGGUGCUACAAACCGGCUUGGAUGUGACUUUAAGGCGAAGGGAUCCAGCAUCGCUUCGUGCUUAG